AUGGGCGACAGAAAGGAAGGGAUCGCGAAAGCUGAGGCUGAGAACACGACCGCCCUAGCCGCCUCCUACGACAGCCGAAUCCGUCCCCUCCUCGACACCAUCGACCGCCUGCGCCACCUCAAGGUGAUGCAGGAGGGCAUCGAGCUCCCCAGCAUCGUCGUCGUCGGGGAUCAGUCGAGCGGCAAAUCUAGCGUCCUUGAGUCCCUCGCCGGCAUCAAUCUCCCCCGCGGGCAGGGCAUCUGCACCCGGGUCCCCCUUAUCAUGCGCCUCCAAGGCCACCCUUCCCUUUCCAAGCCUCAACUCCAGCUCGAGUACAAAGACAAGAUCAUCCCCACAUCUGAGGCCGGCAUCUCUAACUCCAUCAGUUCAGCCACCGCCGAGAUUGCCGGCAAUGGCAAGGGAAUCUCGAAUACGCCCCUCACUCUCGUGGUGAAGAAGAGAGGUGUCCCUGACCUCACCAUGGUGGACUUGCCCGGGAUCACCCGUGUCCCGGUCCAUGGACAGCCCGACAACAUCUACGAGCAGAUAUCUGGCAUCAUAAUGGAGUAUAUCGCUCCAAAGGACAGCAUCAUCCUCAACGUUUUGUCGGCUACGGUUGACUUCCCGACUUGCGAGUCGAUCCGAAUGUCGCAGCAAGUGGACCGGACCGGAGAGAGGACCCUGGCCGUCGUCACGAAAGCUGACAAGGCCCCCGAGGGGUUGCUUGAGAAGGUGACCACCGAUGAUGUCAACAUAGGGCUCGGAUACGUCUGCGUCCGCAACCGCGUUGGUGAUGAGUCCUACGAGCAAGCCCGAGAUGCGGAGAAGAGGCUCUUUGAAACGCAUCCUCUUCUUUCGAGGAUCGACAAGUCCAUUGUGGGAAUCCCUGUUCUGGCUCAGAGGCUGAUGCAGAUCCAGGCAGCUAGCAUUGCAAAAUGUCUGCCUGAUAUUGUGAAAAAGAUCAAUGAGAAGCUUAGUCGGAAUGCUUUGGAGCUCAAGCAGAUGCCCCGGAAUCUCUCGAGCAUGGCUGAUGCCAUGAGGGCAUUCAUGAACAUGAUAAGCAUGGCAAAGGAGUCUCUGAGGAAAAUACUCAUUAGAGGGGAGUUUGAUGAGUUCCCUGAUGAUAUGGUCAUGCAUGCCACCGCUAGGAUGUCGGAAAUGCUGUCUAAGUACUCCAAGGAGCUACCUUCCAAGUGCCCGAGUGCUGAUGAAAGGUUUCUGAUGGAGGAGAUUGCCGUUCUUGAAGAAGCUAAGGGAAUUGAUGGACUUCCGAAUUUUCUGCCUCGCUCUGCUUUCCGCACUCUUCUCAGGAGGAAGGUGAAGGAGAUUUCUCAGAUCCCAAGUGAGUUUAUUCGAAAGAUGUGGGCUUACAUUGAGGAUGUUGUGGUUAGGGUGCUGUUGCACCACUCUGAGAACUAUCCCCAGCUACAGUCUUUGACUAGAAGGGCAGCAGAGAAUCUGGUUGAGAAGAUGAGGAACCGAUCCUACCAGGUGAUGGAAGAGAGCAUUGAGAUGGAGAUGGUCGCCAACUAUACUUCGAAUGCAGAUUACAUGAAGACAUGGACUGAGCUGAUGAACAACCAUGAUAAGUUCAUAAAUGCCAUCGAGGAUCCUACAAAGCCAACAAAGUUGUCACUGGAAGGUUUCGACGAGGUUGAAGUCAGCCAUCUCAGGCAGUACGUGGCCAUGGCAGAGCAGGCGUUCGACUUGAGGAUGAGGAUCACCGCAUAUUGGAGGAGCGUGGUGCUUCGACUGGUGGAUAACCUGGCCCUGCAUAUCCUAUACAGCGUGAAUUGCUUGGUGGAGAAGGAGAUGGAAAUGGAACUUGUUGAUGAACUGGUGGGUCCACGGAUGUCCGGCUUGGAAAGGAUGCUGGAGGAAUCUCCAUCAACUGCCGGGAAGCGCGAACGACUUGGGAAAAGUAUCGGCCUGCUGAAGGAAGCAAAGGAGGUUGUUGCCAAGAUAAUGGAUCGUAUAGACGCUUAUGGCGAUUAAGCUUUUUGAUCUUGUUUUGUUUUGACAUAUGGCUGUCCCAGGUUGUUUUGUUCGGAGUCACCGCUUUGCUUGGUCUUUCUUUUUGUGCCUGUGAUC